UUUUCACCAAAGAGGCUCAACGUGGCUUAUCGUCUAACAGAUAUAGGCGUCAUUUACCGGUACGAUAUCGUGGAAUCUGCCGAAAGGCGCUAAAGUACGUAUCAGGUAUCAGUGGACAGCGAUUUCUUAGAGUGACAAAAAAGAUAGGCAUUAAUUGGCGAUUUGAUUGUUAUUGGAAAUCGAUGGGUGAAAACAAUCGUCAUUAAUGUCUAUUGAAAUGAGUUAAUAACCAGGGAAGAAUUUAAUUGCGUUGAGAAUCCAGUGGGCAGAAGAAGAAAAGAUUGUGUUGAAGCGUUUUGCUGUGAUUCGAAUUAGAUUCUAAAAAUGGCAGACGCGGACAUCAUAGUUUCUUGCCCCUACAAUCCAGCGCAUCGUAUUCGCAGAUAUAAACUUAUGAAUCAUAUAUCGAAAUGCAAAAAAUAUAAUAAAAAGGAAAACAUGGUAGAGUGUCCAUUGAACAAGACUCAUAUUGUAGACCAGAACUUUCUCAGGGAGCACAUUGAAAUGUGUUCUAGUAUUGGAAGAGCGGCAGAUAUGGAUAUUAAAAACAUUGAAGUAAGAGAUCCAGAUCCUCCUGGUAGCUUGUACUUAAAUGAAAAUUGGGAAGAGGACCCAGAAGUUCCGCCUUACGAUCCGAUGGAAGUUUCGGCAAAAAAAUCAGUGAUUCGAUGUGUGUCUGGAUUGUCAAAAUCAGAGAAAAAGAAAUUUAGGGACAAUGAACGAAGACGUAUAGCAAAUCUCAGAGGGUUUCAUUCUGUGAGCACAGUCUUGGAGUCUGUGAACGCGACUCAUGAGGUACCAUUACGUCCAUUACGUCCUCCUCGUUACGACGCUACUGUAACUUCAGAAGAUACUGCAGCGUCACAAACUACUGUAACGUCACAAGCUACUGCAGCGGCACAAGCUACUGCAGCAUCCACAGACAUUUUACAAAAAGAUUUUGAUGAAAUGAAAAUACAUGAAGAUGAAAAACACGAUUACGAUGAUAAUGCAGGUGCUUGUGCUAACUUUGUUCCUAACUUUCAUAAUAGUUCAUUCAACAGAAUGUUAUAUGAUGAAUUAGCUCCUAAAGAUGAUGAGAUUAAGCAAUUAGAACAGUCUCUACGUAACACUGACUCGGCACGCAGAUAUGAUACACGUACCACAAUUUUCUCGCCAGAAGGAAGACUGUACCAAGUCGAAUAUGCUAUGGAGGCUAUAAGCCAUGCCGGCACUUGCCUAGGUAUAUUAGCAAACGAUGGUAUUCUACUGGCAGCUGAGAAACGUAACACCAACAAGUUGCUGGACGAGGUAUUCUUCUCCGAAAAAAUCUACAAGUUGAACAACGAUAUAGUUUGUUCAGUGGCUGGUAUAACUUCGGACGCGAAUGUCCUGACGAACGAGUUGCGUCUUAUCGCACAGAGAUACCUUCUUCAGUACGGCGAAGCUAUACCUUGCGAGCAGCUUGUCUCCUGGUUAUGCGAUGUUAAACAGGCAUAUACUCAAUAUGGUGGAAAGAGACCUUUUGGUGUAUCUAUCUUAUACAUGGGAUGGGACAAAUACUACGGCUAUCAGUUGUAUCAGUCAGAUCCUAGUGGAAACUAUGGUGGCUGGAAAGCAACAUGUAUCGGGAAUAAUUCAGCAGCAGCUGUGUCAUCUUUGAAGCAGGAAUACAAAGAGGGCGAGACAACUCUGAAAGACGCAAUGGCACUUGCUAUCAAAGUGCUCUCUAAAACGUUAGACAUGAAUAAACUCACUGCUGAAAAGGUGGAAAUGGCGAUACUGACGCGCGAAGAUGGUAAAACAAAAACGAAAAUACUGCCAGCGAAUGAAGUGAACGCCUUAAUCGCGGAACAUGACCGAUUAGAAGCACUGGCGGAGCAGGCGAAGAAAGAAAAGCAGAAAUCGUAGAAAUUUAUGUUAAAUAAGAAGAUUAAUCCUGUGGUGACAAAGUUUAUUGUACCAGAUAUAUUGAAAAAAUUGAUAUACAUACAACUCAAGUGUUUAUAUAUGUACUAUAAAUUAUUUCCUUGUCGCAGGAGUGAAUCCUUACAAUGACAACAUUAUCAUCUUCAUUACAAAACAACGGUUACGAUAGAAUUAAAAGUUUUUCCAUAAAUAUGUAUCACAUGUUAUACUUCUUACAAUUUCCCAUGUUCUCAUCUCAUUAGCAUAAUCGAUGUGAUUUUGAAUAA